UGUGACCCGGAAGCCCAGCUCCCAACUGCAGCGGCGAGCUCCGGCCCGGGCCCGUCCCCGGGGAGAGAGAAGGGAGAUGGUGCGUGGAAGGCGGCCUUGCGCCGCCAAGCCACCCCGGGCCUGAGAUUCGGAAGCCCUGCCGAAUUCCUCGCGGAGCUUUGCAGGGCGGCAAAUCCCUGCGCCCUGUGGAUGUCCCCUAUUUAUUUGUGCGGCAAGCAGCGCCCUUUCUGUUGGUGCACGAAGAGCCGGCCCGAGGGUCCCCAUUGGGGAGCCCUCUUCUGAAUCCCCUUCGCGGGAAGGUGGGCGCGACCGAGGGGACCUUCUGUUUCAGGGCGGGCGACCCGGAAAAGGCCGGGGUGGGAGCGAGGCCUAGUCGGGAAGGGGAGCCGCUUUGGAGCAGCUGGAGAGGCGAGAAGGCGGGAGACGAGAGGAGACAAAAGGGAAAAGGAGAGCGGCCGGUGGAGAGCCGAGGCCCGAGUGGGCGAAGGCCCUCGACUCGGCUUUCCCUCGCCUCCUUCCUGCAAACAGAAAGGCCACCUUGAAGUGGGGCUCCGGGCCUGCCCUUCCGCCUCGCCUAAAUGAGUCGGUCCUCUGUCGGGGGGAGAGGAAGAGAAAGGCCAGGCGACACCGGGAGAGGCCGGCCGGGGCGAAGCACCACAAGGAGUUUGUUUUCGAGCGCGCAAGAUGGCGACCAGGAGAGGCCUCCGGCUACCGCUCCUGGCCCACGGAGCUGAGGGGAAACGGCCCUCGCCGGCCACCGCCGAGUCCGCCGGUUCAGUUGCAACCUGCGAUGCUCCCGCAGGAAAGCAGGAGAGUCGCUUUCCCGAGGAAGGAAGGAAGGCUGAAACUGGGAAGCCAGAGACCGGCGGACUUGGCGCAUAUGCGCUGCGCAGGCACUCUCGUCAAAGAGGAAAAGAAGAGCAGGGAAGCGUCGCCGGCUUCCCACCCAAAUUCCCAGCCCUGUUUACAAACACAGCUGUUGUCGUAGAUUUGCAAAGCACCCUAAAAGCCACCAGCCGCGAGAGAAGGUGCAGGCAAAGGAAGGGGGGGAGAGAGAGAGCAGGGGGACGGAGAGAGGGAGGGAGGGAGGGAGGUGGUCUCGGCAUCUGGAAAGGACAGAGCGCCUUGUUUUUGAAACUGUCAAUUCUCUCAACCCCUAUUGUGAGAGCUUCAUGCAAAACAUCUCGGGCCUUUUAACGCUGGGGCUUGUGAGGCCGCCUCAGAUUGAAAAGGAGAGGGAGAGAAGAGAAGGGAGGGGGAAGCCAGGGCAACGCAAAUAAUUAUAUUGGAAUAGACACACGCACAAACUAACUGCAACAUACUGUGUGUGUGUCUAUGUAGAUAUCUGUGUGCGUGCAUAUAUAUGUAUAUGCAUACACACACACACACACACACAUAUACACAUAUGACAGAUAUUUGGGAAUUGCCCUUCGUUUAGCAAAAAUGCGGAGGGGGGAGGUAAAAUCCUUGCCUUAGUCAGGGCUAAGAAAAGCCCAUGAUCCCCCCGCCCAGUUCCCCCCCUCAAUCGUAUUUUUAUUAAACACGCUUGUUGUUGGAAUCCCUAGGAGGAGAUUUUGCCAGUGCCUGAUGUUUGCAAGGGCGAUUUAACAAGGUAGAUUCCCGCUCUUUGUCCUGCUUCUAUUGGAAAGGAAAAUUGUUCUAUAAGCUUCUACUCUUUAGGAAAGUUUCUGCUACCCCAACGGAUUUGCAGUUAAAUCAUGAACUUUUUUUUCUACAACGCAAAGCAUCUUAACCGUAAAAAAACCACAGCGAGCAGCACUUCCUGUGUUGUAUCUAUUUUUUUCCUCCAAAAGGCCACUUUUUAGCACAACUCCUCUAAGCACACUCACACGUGUAAAGUGAAACCAAAACAUCGCAUUUCUCUUCUUUCUGCAGAAACUUAAAAUUUAUUGGCAACUAAAUCUGAUAGAGCAUCAUCCCCUUUUGUAAAUUGCCAAGGGAAUGAUUGAACAACAGUCUUCAUACAACAGACAGCAGGACUUUCCUUUAUUACUGCAUAGUGGUGUUUAGAAUAAACAACCAGCAGUGAGAUUCCCCCCCCCCCAUUUUUAUUUUGUGUUGCCACUGUAGUUAAGUAUGGGUGGACUUAUAGAGACAAUCCCUUUUCAGAGUAAAGGGUUGUAAACUCUGUGUUACAUCAUUUAAGGCAAUAGACCUGGUUUUGCUGAAAGGCAUUUACACAUGUUCUCUUUUGAAUGCUAGAUAUAUAGUCCAUCGUUUCCUUUGUCUCCAAGAGCAGGGGGAGAACACUUCUCAACACAUUUCUCAAUAACACAGGAGCAACUCUGUUAUAUGCUUCAUAGAUGAAUAAUAUUUGUCGGGGUUUUUUUUUUUUUAUUGCCAGAUUUUUGUUGUUGUGGUUUGGUUUAGUUUAGCCCUAAGAACUGGAAAGUCUGUAGAGCCAUAUCAAAUGGGAAAUAGAAUUUCUCUUUCAUUUCAGGUUAAAUUGAAAAAUUAUAUAUGUCCACUGCUGCUUACCAAGAGGUAUUUUACAGAGAGGACAAAAGAGACAUUCCUAAACCCAACAAUUUGUGCUGAACACCACAAGCCAUGUGCUCCAAGGCAUUCCAGCUAAAGGCAAUGGGAUUGCUGUGAAGCAGUUUAACUGGGUUGUGUAUGUGGAGUUUGACCAUCAGUCAUACUCUAAUAAGAAUCCACUGGACCAGUUGGAAUUGUUAAUUUGUACAAAGGAAAACACCUAGCAGAAUUGCAGGCCUCCCUCUUUAUCCUUGCAUCUCCCCCCCUCCCCUCAAAAAGCAAAAACAGCUUUCACUGCGAACCAUGAAGCAAUAGGUAUUCCUGUCAGUCUUGAAGUGAGAUGGACAUGUAUUUAGGAUUUUGGAGUAUUAUUUGGUGGAUUGGUUUCUCUCCUGCCCCCUGCCUCCAAUGCAAUUCUUUGGACAAAACUAGGCUAAAAAGCUACGCCUUACGAAGCCUUUGGCUCAACACUGUUCAUUCUGCAGCCUCUGGAAAGUGCAGCUAGCGAGUAACUCUCUGAAAGCUACAGGGGCUGAGGUGCCAACAAAGCACAAUUAAAAAUAAAAAUAGUGUCUCAAACAUCUGAAAGUACCAGAGUCAACAAUGUGGUGCUUCAGUCCCCAUCAGGGUUGAAAAACUUCCCCUGUUCUCUCUCUACCAUUUUCUGUGGAAGGGCCAAAGUGGUGAUGAGCCUGCAGGCCCCAUGGAGUGGAGAAGAGGCCACUUUGGGAUGGGCAGAGGCAUGUUUGACACAGGGGGUGGGGGUGGAGAGCUCUGGAACUUGGCCUCUAAUGGCAGGAUGGUUUUGCCAUGAAUAAUAGUGGAGUGGGGGGGGGGAGCAUUGGCAAAUCACCCCGCAGCUUGCUAAAGAAGCCAGAGUGGGUGCCUGAGGCUGGGAGACUUACGCAAACUAAGUAUGGCCUUUUGGAGUGACAUAAGGCUGUAAUUUGUGCAGCUCCAGACACAGACUAGCCUAUAGCAACAUAUCUCCCUCCCCCAUUUUGAGACCAUCAGAUUUUAACAGAGCAAGUUAAAUAAGUAAUAUACCACCAUGACUGAUGAUUGCAACUGCCCGACCUGACGUGAAAAACGUAUGGGUAUAUCUGUUACGUGUGCAUAUACAUAACACACACAUAUAUCCUGCAGGUAUUUCUUACAAGGAGUGGAAAACCCUUACUCAUUUAUUUCUCUCUCCAUGUGUUUUAAAAGAAGAUCAAAUUAGCUAAUGUCUGCUUGGAAGAUUUAGAGGGGGGGCGUUAUCACCAGGGGCAGGAAUUUAAAGACCUUAAGGAAGAACAACAAAACAAGCCAAGGAUUUCCAUCUUAAAAACAUUGGCUCUGAGGCCCAGCGCGAAACAUUUCAAAUGCUGAUUUCUUUUGUGAUUUAGUAGAAAUCAUUAUGUUGAGAUUCUUCUAUAGGUGAAAUCCUUGAGAAUUUGAAUUUAGAAAGAGAAUCUGUUGGCAUAUAAAUGCUAAAUUGGUGAGAAAGAAAUUGCCCUGGAGCUGGCAGUCAAUCCCAAAGUGCUGAUUCAGCAACUCUGUGUCAAUACUUUCUCAGCCUUUAAACUUUCGGCUAAAAUCUAUUUAGCUUCCCUUCCCUGCUGUCUUCCACCAACAUGCAACAGCAGUGACAACUGCCUCACACUUGUUUGUUUUUAUAUCACAGUUUUAUAAAGAAACAGCAACCAGCCUCUGGAAGCAGAAGUCCUUCCAAUCAAAUCCCUACACUUUUCUCUCACACAGACACAGACAUUCUCUCUCGCAAAAGAGUCAGAAACGAAUGAGGAACCCUACAAUAAGUAUAAAAUCAUCAUCACUUUUUUUUAAAACAGUGUUUUAAUUGAAAAUAAAGCUAAAGCAUGCUUUUUCCAACAGUGCAAAUUUCCAUCAUUUUGAUUUACUGCUUCCAUCAUCACAACAUAUUACACCAGCAUGUCUUACCAAAGGCUCGACUCUAGAAGUCUGCCUGCUUCAACUCUGUCGAGGUUUAAGUGCAAAUAUAGACAAUUGCCUCUGAUUGUCACGUGCAGUAGAAAAUGAUCCUGCUACAAAGAUAGGGUGGUUGGGAAAAGUCCUCUUUUUUUCCAGAGAUGUAAAGAAAACAGUGACAAGUCCUGGUUUAAAAAGCCUGAGUUUUGGUGCCAAAGUAGCCACCAAGAGUAUGGGGUUCUUCAUUGAUAAUAUCCCUUCCACUGGGGCCUCUGUUGCACUUAGCAUGCUGAAUGUGACUGCAUUUCCUUCCGAUUCCCUCCAAUGGGAGUGUGAGAACCUAACAUUUUUUCCUGACUUUGCAAAUCUGGGAGGACCAGAUUUUGAGAACAUCCCCCCCCCCACACACACCUGCAAACCUUCCAAUAGAAACAGAGCUCCAACCCAGUCCCACAACAAAACCUAAUGAUUGGAAGGCCCCCUCCUUGAGAGUAAAAUUUACUUGGGAGGCAAAUCCCAUUGAACGUGGGGUAGAGCAGCUUCCGAGCAAAUGUACACUGGUUUGGCUGGGUUGAGUACUGUAGCCGAGAUAGGCAAUCGUGGCCAACCUGAAGGGUUCAAGGUGAAACAAGAAGGCAAAGAGUGGCAUGUCCUUUUUUAGUCUCUCUUUUUUUCGUCCUAAAAAAAUGCCUGACCAUCUAAUUCCAACUCUCCCACUGGUGACCCGGAGACACACGCACACUCCCAACUGCAGAGUGCAACUGCUUUUGUGGAAAGGACAGGUGGGGAAUUAAAACAUAACAAUGAACCCUCUGCAAUAAAGUAGAAGGCAUUCCCAGCAGAAGGAUAGUGAAUUCUCCCUGUGCAACCUCUCGCUGAAAACAAAACGAAACAAAAAAACCUUGUACAGAACUGAACAUUUAGACUUCCUGAAUUCGAAAUCUAGUGCAUUUACACGUUAAUGGCUCAUUCGAAUUGUUAUCAUUCAACUUAAAAAAACAAAACCAUAAACCAAACAUUUAUUUGUAGCAGUUGGAAUUGAGGUACCAGGUGCAUUACUAGCAUUUUGAGACAGUAAAGUGUUCCAGCUUUAGCAGAUUCCACUGAGGUGGUUUUUUUGUUUGUUGUGUGGUGUGUGUGUGUUUUAAUAAACUUGGAAAACUUUCGCCUGAAGUAGUCUGUGGAAUGUUAGACCUCUUUCGUCCUCCUCGUCGUCGUCCCCCCUCCCUUCCCCCCACGAUGGGUUUUCAUGGCAAAGAAAAUAGUAAUCCGGUUUUAUUUUCGUCGUUCUCCAAAAAUAGAAUAAACCAGGAUUCCCCCACACCAUAAAAAAAAAAUCAAAAUCAAAUCGGAUGUGAUGUGAUGAGGGGCGGGACCAGCAUCCAGCGUAAGAUUCUCGAAGGUCAGGAAAAGAAGUAGUUGGGGUCCCCCCCCAAAAAGGAAAAAAGACCAACAACACAACAGCAACAACAACAACGACCAUGAAGUAGGGUUCCCAUUCAAUCUCUCUCUCAUGAAUGAAAUUUCCUGAAUUUGUGGCUGGGUGGAAGAGGUAUUGCUGAGCCGCCCAGCUGCCAUUUCCAGACAGGAUGGGCCUUGGGAGGCGGCUGCGCAUCCCUGGCGGUGUUUAAGGUGUAGGCUGGCAGCAGAUCCCCGUCGAGGCCCACCACCAAGGAGGGCGGGCAGGGAAAGUUGCCCAUGAAGCUGAAGGGCCUCUUGACGGCCGAGGCGACGUGGCCGGCCGCCCUUUUGCGCCGGCUGAGAACUGUCAAGUCGUCCAGGGCGCCCUCGGGGGCGUCCAGGAGCUUCCCGGCGGGCAGGCGGGGGCUCCGGACGGAUUUCAGAUUUGGUUUGAGCGGCGCCGGGCUGGGCAGCAGGGCUCGCUUGCCCAACACCAAAGUCCGGUAGUUCUUUCUCACCCGGGCUCCAAAUUUGUACUCCCCAUCCUCGGGUUUGGCGGCGGCGGCGGCGCCUAAAGUGCAGGAGGCGAGGGCCUGGCUCGACGGGGCGGGCUGGCCCAGGGGGCUCAGCGGAGGGCUGGGGGGCUCGUCAGUGCAGCAGGCGGGGUCUUCCUUGGCUGGCAGCAGAAGUUCCUGAGGCUGGUGGGUCGGGCUGGGUGGCGGAGACGGCGAGGGCCCGGGUUCGCCGUCCGCCUCCAGCUUGUGCUCGUCAUCGCUGCCUUCACAUUUGAGCGGGGGCUGGCUCUGUCCCUGAACGGGGAGGGCGCCAUACUCGGCGUUGGCACUGCUGUCCUCGACUUUAAUCUGGGCAAUGGGCACAAGGGGCAGCGGCUCGGGGUAUUCAGCAGCAGCAGCAGCAGCAGCAGCAAGCACCUCGGGCUGGCUUUGGGAGGAGGAACAGCCCAGGCAGGGGGUCAAUGGGCGAUGGGGCUGGGGGGCUUCUGGGGGCACCCCAAGAGCAGCAGUAGGACUCUCUGCAGGAGCUGGAGGAGGAGGAGGAGGAGAGCGGGUGGGCCAGCCUCUCGCCGCGUCUCGAAGGAACCUUGGCUGUGGCAAAGCGUGGGGCGUCUUUGGGCUGGGUGAAGGGCACCCCCUGGCCAGGCAGGGGGCGGCUUUCAGGUCGGGAGCCUUCACGUCGGGCGAGGGAGAGGGACACCCGCCGCCCCUUCGGACCUGGCUCAGCUCCCCAAAGCAGUGGCAAUCCACACCGGGCUCGGUUUUGGGGACCCAGCCGGCGGGGGUGAUGCCCCAGUCCUCCUCGGGCGCCUCGGCUUUGAUGCUCCGCGCGGGUCCAGGGAGGCUCUCGUCCCGUCCAGCCGAGGCGGGGGUUGGAGGCAAAAGACUGGCCGGAACCCCCGCCAGACCGGGCGGCUUGCAGAAGCUGGUGCGCCUGAAGCGGAUGCUCUGCACGGAUGCUUGGCUGGAGCCGGAGCU